UGUUCCAUUUUAUUUAACAAAAAUUACAUAUACAUAUACAUACAUAUUUUAUACAUAUAAUAUACAUUCCGAUCACCGGGAAGUAAAUUCUGGUGAUCGGAUAGUAAAAAGAAUGAAUUCACCGGAGCAAAUAGAAAAGAUAAAAAAUGUUUCAGUUGUAUAUUUAAUCCUCCGUUGUUCAAUUGCCUUUUUAUUUCCAUUGAUUUUUAUACUGUUAGUUUCAUUUACCGUUAUUAUUUUUACCGUUUUUAUUUCCAAUUUCGACAUUUCUUAUCCUAUUUCUGUUCCCUGCCACUGUAAAAUCGUCUCCAGCAGUGUAGAUCUUAGGUCAGCAAAAGUCUGUGAACUUGGACUUCUAAACUAUAAAGCAAAGCAUGUAUUUUAUCCAUCUGAGAAGAAGAAAUUCAGAUGUCGCUAUGAUUAUUAUUGGGCUUCUGUAUUUGAGGUAGAAUAUACAGACCAUUCUGGUCACCCGCAUACUGCAUUUGCAGAAGCACCUAAUGAGGCCCUCCCGGCUGAUUGUAGACCUACUUUCAAUGCUGCAUGGAUGGCUAAAGAUAUAUUCAAGGUGAACGAAACUUAUGAUUGCUGGUAUACAUUGGGAAUUUCCAAACUAAACUUGCAUUAUGAUGAUUUUUUUAAUUGCCAAGCUGACCACCCAUCUAUGAUGGAGAUGCUUAAGCGCUAUCUUAUCCUGUCAACAGAUAUGUUAAUGACUUGGCUUUCUCAAAAGGGUGGGAAAGGCAGGUAUGUGACAUGGGAAGCCAUAGCUGGAGUUAUUAGCGGUUUCUUGACUUCUGUAAUGACCGUUGUAUUCGGUAGAAUGUUGUAUCUACUAAAGUCUCGUAUUGCUGGCAUGUUUUGGAUGAGGGAUGUCUAUCUAGUCCGUUUGAAGCGAGCUUGUUUCCUUGUAGCAUAUUUUUCUUUUGUGAGCUGGUUAGCAGUUCAGUAUUGGGGAAAGCUUGGUCUCAUGGAUAUCUUUGGUGCUCAUACAUAGAAGAAAUAUAUAUGCAGCACUUGUAAUUUUUUUUUGUAGAAGUAGAUUAUUACAAGAGAUAUAAUAUAAGAGUAAACUUUUUUGUGCUUCAAGAAGAAUCAACUAUCAGAUGUACAGAUGUAGAACCAAUGAUUUGAGAAAGUUAUUUGAUGCACACACUUACAUGUGUAUGAAUAAAAGGGCAUUUAAGUA